AUGUCUCUCGAAUCCCACACCCAGCAGCUCACGCAAUCGCUCGCCCAAGCCAACCUCACCCCCGGCUUACUCCCUUUCCUCCCCGCAGACUUCAAACCCACCAUCCAGCUCCACGUCUCAUUCAACGAUAAACCCGUUUCCUUGGGGAAUCUCUUCCGCGCAAGUGAAUGCAAGACAGCUCCAACUGUAUCCUUUUCCAAAGAGGAGAGUAAUCAACCCUCUUCAACAAGGUAUACCCUCCUCCUAGUUGACCCCGACGCGCCUACACCCGACGACCCCAAAUUCGCCUUCUGGAGACACUGGGUCGUCUCGGGAUUGAAGGCCGCGGAGGCGGACAGCGGCACCGCAUUGACGGAAUAUCUGGGUCCUGGGCCGAAAGAUGAUUCACGCCCGCACCGGUAUCUAUUCCUGCUAUUCCGAGAGCCCGCGGGGUUCGCGCUGACGAAGGAGGAUGUUGGCGGGGAGGAAUUUACUGCGAGGCGGUCGUUUAAGGUUGCAGAGUGGGUUGAGAGGCACGGGUUGCAGUUGGUCGGGGUGAAUUGGAUGUUGGGGGCUGGGGAUGGAUGGACAGAGUGA